GGGGGCGGAGGCGCUGCCGCCCUCGCCGCCGGCCGCGGAGCGGAGCGCAGGGGAGCGGAGCGCCGCGGCCGCCGCCAGCCGCGCAGUUUUGCAUCCUUGAAUGUCCCUCUCUUUCCUGAAAAUGAAGAAAAUGAGUGCAUGUUUCUUUCUGCUGUUGGGACACACUCUGCUUUUGACUGGCUCAGUCAUGGGAAGAGAUCUUCCUGGAGCACAUUUCACACAAAGACGGGAUGUUAACUCACAAGCUCUGCUUGAGCAUACUUGCAACAAGAAACGUCUGGACCUUGUCUUCAUCAUUGACAGCUCUCGCAGCGUCCGUCCGUAUGACUUUGAAAAAGUGAAGGAGUUCAUUUUAACCAUCUUGCAGUUCCUGGACAUCAGUCCUGACGCCACCCGGGUAGGCCUGAUUCAGUACGGCAGCACGGUCAAACACGAGUUCUCUUUGAAGACGUUCAGGAGGAAGCAGGAUAUAGAGAGAGCAGUGAAGAGAAUGAUGUACCUGGCAACCGGCACCAUGACUGGACUGGCUAUUCAGUACGCAGUGAACAUCGCGUUUUCAGAGUCAGAAGGAGCUCGACCUCUGAACCAGAACGUGCCCCGAAUUAUCAUGAUAGUGACAGAUGGAAGACCUCAGGAUCCGGUGGCAGAGAUUGCUGCUAAAGCUCGUGACUCGGGAAUCCUGAUUUUUGCCAUUGGAGUGGGAAGAGUGGAUAUGAACACGCUGAAGUCCAUUGGGAGUGAGCCACAUGAAGAGCAUGUGUUCCUAGUUGCUAAUUUCAGUCAGAUUGAAACACUGACCUCUGCCUUCCAGACAAAGAUUUGUGUGCCCCAUAUGUGCAGUAUAGUUGAGCAUCACUGUGAUCACUUCUGUAUAAACACCCCCGGCUCCUACAUAUGCAGAUGUAAACAAGGAUACAUUCUGAAUGCUGACCAGAAGACUUGCAGCACUCAGGAUCUUUGUGCUGUGGAAAAACAUGCCUGUGAGCAGAUUUGUGUGAACACGCCUGGAUCUUAUGUCUGUCAGUGCUAUGAAGGAUAUGAGCUUGCUGCGGAUGGAAAGAAUUGUAUCGUUGUAGACUACUGUGCUUUGGAUAACCAAGGUUGCCAGCAUGAAUGUGUUAACACUGAGGACUCCUACUACUGUAGAUGCCAUCCAGGGUUCAUUUUAAAUCCAGACAAAAGAACUUGCAGAAGACCAGACUAUUGUUCUCUGCAGGACCAUGGCUGUGAACAGGAAUGUGUUAAUACAGAUGAUUCCUAUUUUUGUCGAUGCCAAGAUGGGUUUACACUUAAUCCAGAUAAGAAAACAUGCAAAAGAGUGGACCACUGUGCUGAAAGCAAUCAUGGCUGUGAGCAACUGUGCCUAAAUACCGGUGAUUCCUAUGUCUGUCAGUGCUCUGAAGGAUUUAUCAUCAAUGAGGACCUAAAAACCUGCACGCGAGUUGACUAUUGUGCUCUGAGUGAUCAUGGCUGCGAACAUUUGUGUAUAAAUGGUGACAGAUCUUAUACUUGUCAGUGUUUUGAAGGAUACAGGCUUCGUAAUGAUGGGAAAACUUGUAAACGUAAAAAUAUCUGCAAAUCAGUUAACCAUGGCUGUGAACAUCUUUGUAUUAGUGCCAACAAUUCCUACAUCUGCAAGUGUCGUGAGGGAUUCACACUGAGAGAGGAUGGGAAGACAUGCAGAAGACGGGACAUCUGCAAAUCGGUCAGCCAUGGCUGUGAGCAUAUCUGUGUGAACAAAGAUGACUCAUACGUUUGCAAGUGUCAUGAGGGCUUCCUAUUGAGAGAAGAUGGGAAAACAUGCAGAAGUAAAGAUAUUUGCAGUUCUGUUGACCAUGGCUGUGAACACAUUUGUGUUAAUACUGAUGAGUCAUACAUCUGUCGGUGUUAUGAGGGAUUUGCACUAAGAGAAGAUGGAAAAACAUGUAGAAAUACAGAUGUUUGCAAUUCUGUUGAUCAUGGCUGUCAGCAUGUUUGUGUGAAUACUGAUAAUUCAUACAUUUGCCAGUGCUAUGAGGGUUUUGUACUGAGGGAAGAUAAGAAAACAUGUAAAGAUAAGGACAUCUGCAGAUCAGUCAAUCAUGGCUGUGAACAUCUUUGUGUUAAUAAUGAUGAUUCAUACACUUGUCAGUGCCGUGAUGGAUUUGUACUGAGGCGAGAUGGGAAAACGUGCCGAAGCAAGGAUAUUUGCAAAUCAGUCAAGCACGGAUGCGAACACGCUUGUGUUAAUGCUGGUGAUUCAUUUGUUUGUAAGUGUCAGGAGGGCUUCCUGCUAAGAGAAGAUGGAAAAACAUGCAAAAAUAAAGAUCUCUGCAAAUCAGUCAACCAUGGCUGUGAGCAUGUUUGUGUUAAUACUGAUGAUUCAUAUAUCUGUAAAUGCCAUGAUGGAUUCCUACUGAGAGAAGAUGGGAAAACCUGCAGAAACAAAGAUGUUUGCAAUUCAAUCAACCAUGGCUGUGAACAAGUUUGUGUUAAUACUGAUGAUUCCUACAUCUGCAAGUGUCAUGAGAAAUUCGUCCUGAGGGAAGAUGGGAAAACAUGUAGAUAUAAAGAUGUUUGCAACUCAGUUGACCAUGGCUGUGAACACAUUUGUGUGAAUACUGAUGAUUCCUUCAUCUGCAAGUGUCAUGAUGAAUUCAUCCUGAGGGAAGAUGGGAAAACAUGUAGAUAUAAAGAUGUUUGCAACUCAGUUGACCAUGGCUGUGAACACAUUUGUAUGAAUACUGGUGAUUCCUUCAUCUGCAAGUGUCAUGAUGAAUUCAUCCUGAGGGAAGAUGGGAAAACAUGUAGAUAUAAAGAUGUUUGCAACUCAGUUGACCAUGGCUGUGAACACAUUUGUGUGAAUACUGAUGAUUCCUACAUCUGCAAGUGUCAUGAUGAAUUCAUCCUGAGGGAAGAUGGGAAAACUUGUAGAAGUAAAAAUAUCUGCAAAACAUUCAACCAUGGUUGUGAACAUGUCUGUAUUCCAGCUGGUGAUUCAUUUAUUUGCCACUGCCAUGAGGGGUUUAUAUUGAGGGAAGACAGUAAAACAUGCAGAAAUAAAGACCUGUGUAAAUCCAUUGACCAUGGCUGUGAACACAUAUGCGUUAGUAAUAACAGUUCAUACAGCUGUCAGUGCCAUGAAGGCUUUGUCCUGAGACAAGACGGAAAAACAUGUCGUAGUAAAGAUGUCUGCAAAUCAGUUGCCCAUGGCUGUGAACAUAUUUGUGUUAAUAAUGAUGAUUCAUACAUUUGCAAAUGCCAGGAGGGCUUUGUACUAAAAGAGGAUCAGAAAACCUGCAAAAGAUGCUCUGAAGGCCCAGUUGACUUGGUGUUUGUGAUUGACGGAUCAAAAAGUCUUGGCGAGGACAAUUUUGAAAUUGUAAAACAAUUUGUCUCAGGGAUCUUGGAUUCACUUGAGAUUUCACCUAAAGCUGCUCGAGUGGGUUUGCUUCAGUAUUCCACUGAAGUCCGCACAGAGUUUACGUUAAGGCGGUUCAGCUCAGCCAAAGACAUGAAGAAAGCCGUAUCUCAGAUGAAAUACAUGGGAAAAGGUUCCAUGACAGGACUGGCUUUAAAGCAAAUGUUUGAGAGGAGCUUCACAGAAACGGAAGGAGCGAGACCAUUGUCAGCAAAAGUCCCUCGAGUCUCCAUUGUGUUUACCGAUGGACGAGCCCAAGAUGAAGUCGCUGAGUGGGCUACAAGAGUAAAGCAAAAGGGUAUAAUUAUCUAUGCUGUUGGAAUUGGAAAAACAAUUGAGGAGGAGCUGCUGGAAAUUGCCUCUGAGCCAUCACAUAAACAUCUUUUCUACGCUGAGGAUUUCACAGCCAUGGAGGAGAUAAGUGAAAAGCUAAGAGUCCAGAUCUGUGAAGCUUUGCAAGAUUCAGCUCACCAGCAGGAGUCAUCAUUUGGGACACAUCAUAAGACUGGUCCAGAGUCUUCAGGACCAGAUUCAGCCACAGUAGCCAUCAUAGAUGUCCUUGCCUGUCCCAAUUUUGCAGUACACCAUAAGUAUCUUUUUGAAGACAGUCACAUUUACUCAACAAGAACAACAGCAAAAGCUUCAAAAGAUAAAGACCAAUGCAAAUGUGAAAACUUUGUGACAUUCCAGAACUAUGCAACCACUGAAGUAAGAAAACUCACCCAGCGAUUGGAAGAAAUGACGAAGAGAAUGGAAGACUUGGAAAACAGACUAAGAUACCGAUGAAAAUUUUGAGUUUAUACUACAUUGUAUAUUUAUACAAAGUUUUAAGAGCUAUUUUGUUAGAUCAGCUCGAAGUAAACUAACAAAUUAUUGUGUCUGAAGUUGAAAAGAAUAUUUUGGACCUUCACGUUUAUAUACAACAUGUACUGUCUUGCAUUGAUUGCAGAUGAAGUGUUGAAAAGUUUUUAUAUGUAUAAACAAUUUAGUAACUAGCAAAAAUUUUAAUUAAGUAGAACUAAACAGCUGAAAUAAGCUAUGCAAAAUAAUAAAAAAUGC